AUGAUUCUCCUCUUAUUAUUGAUUUCAACGACUGUCUACUCUCAAAUACAAAGUUGUAAACAAUACGUCACCCCAAACCACUGUUUCGAAUGCUACGCGGGUGCGCACCUUGAAAUACGAAAUACAGACAAUUCACCAGUCCCAGACAUGCUUUGCGUGACGGACACGAAGAUCACAAACUGUGCCACACAAGACUCAAAUGCGUGUAUAGCAUGCAACGAAGGAUUUUAUUUGAAGGACAACCAAUGCUCUGAUUGCAAAACGGCGAUAACGAGUUGCAACAAAUGUAAUUCCACACAUUGCUUUGGUUGCGACGACUCCCUCACUCUUUCGAAUGACCAAACGAAGUGUGUUGAUUGUAGUUUAUCCGCUAACAGUGUUCAGUGUGGAAAGUGUGAUGCUGGGACAUACUUCAAUGUCGAACAACGAAAGUGUUUGAAGUGCACAGACAAGUGUGCUGUAUGUACUUCAGCAGUCAACUGCUAUAAAUGUGAAAGUGGAAAUUUACUUGUGAAAGAUGGUACUGUCUCCUGUACACCGAUUAUGAAUUGCAAACAUCUUGUUGAUGAUCACUGCGAAUCGUGUGAAAGCGGUUUCUAUUUAUUCAAUGGCGGAUGCAAAGCUUGUGGAAACAACUGUAGUCUAUGUUACAGUACCACUACAGACACCACUAUUUGUUCAACAUGUAAAGAUGGUUAUACUUUACAAGACGGAAAGUGUUAUGAAUAUUCUGAUAUCAACUGUCAAACAGGAUCGCCGAGUUUUGGAUGUAUCACAUGCAGUGAUGGGUAUUACUUUGGUUCAACGGCGAAAUGCGAGAAAUGUGAUGGGUCAUGUGCAAAAUGCGUUGAAAAUGCAACGAACUGUAUAUCGUGUAACACAAACUAUUACUUUAAUGAGAAUGUGUGCGUUUUAAAAGACGAGAAUUGUAAACUGGUCGACCAGAGUGGAUGUAAAGAGUGUGCAAACACACAAAAUAUGCGUGGUUUUUAUAUACCAGAAAACGGCAAAAGAUGCGAACAAUGUGCUGAAAAUUGUCAAUUGUGUGAGAAACUUUCAACCAACUGUACUGCAUGUGUUGACAAUUAUUUACUCAGAUGGGUUUCCACAAGUGACAGUGAAGAUACGGGAUAUUAUACUUGCUUGUUAAAAGAUGAUACAACCUGUGGAAGCGCACAAAUGGGGUAUUGCACAAAUUGCACGGACGGACGAUUUAUUUCGGAGUCUGGAAAGAAUCAAGAGUGCACGCUCUGCGACAAAUCUUGUGACACUUGUGAAGAUAGUUUACAUUGUUACACAUGUGCAGAUGGGUAUUUUCUUCCCAAAAACUAUUCUACAUCAGAAAAGAAGCCACUCUGUUGGGAGCAGUCGACUAUUGACAUGACUUGUACUGCCACAAAAACGGGCUGUGACGUCUGUAAAAAGGGGUAUUGGAUUGACUCUUCCGAUAACACCCAAUUUAAUUGUACUGAGUGUCCACAAGGCUGUGAGUCUUGCCAAUACUCUCCAACGUCAGAAAAAGUGAUGUGUUCGUCGUGUAUUUCAUCGCAAGAAUAUGUCAAAGAUGGUGUGUGUAAUAAAUGCAGUGAAUUAAAGAAUUGCAAGUCGUGUAAAGAAGAUAAAUGUGAUGUCUGUCAAGAUGGAUAUACCAUUGACGCGGGAGGAGUAUCGUGUUCGAAGACAAAUUGGGCACUUAUUAUACCAUUAGUCGUCAUAGGUAUAUUACUCAUCGUUGCUGUCAUCUUUGUUAUCAUUGUCAUCAUUUGGUGGAAAAGAAAGAAGAGCCUUGCUGCUGAAUCGACUGCUAUCAAACCAUUCCACGUCUCUUCGGACUUACAAAUGUUGUUGUUAGGCGCAGAUAAUGAAAAGUUCCCAUUGAAGACUGAUAAGUGGGAAUUAAACUUUGAUGGCUCGAAAGCAAAAGUUGUAGUCGAUAUGGAAUAUGAAGAGACUAUCAAUUUGGCGAAUAUGACUAAGAAGGAGUAUUAUUUCGAGUUCCACUACACCCCAUCGCACAAAUAUGAUUUGGACAUCACACCCAAUAACGCGACUUUAAGACCGGGAAAUGCUAUGGCCAUCACUUUCAAAAUGAAAGUGCUCUGCACGACAUCCAUUUGUGACCAAAUUGGUAUCACUGCGAUGGACGUCGACGAACAAAACAAAGAAACGGCUGCGUUGAAAAUAAUCGUCGAGUCUGAUUUGUCCCUGAAGCUUGAUCAUACUGAAUUGAAGCCAGUGAUGCCACCAAUUGGGGAGGGCGCAUUUGGUAUGGUUUUCCGUGGGACGUAUCGAGGCAGAGAUGUCGCCAUUAAGAAAAUGAAAGCCAGAAACUUGACACCAGAACAAGAGAAAGAGUUUUCGCUUGAAGUCUCAAUGAUGACACAGUUGAGAAGUAACACUGUUGUUGAGUUAAUUGGAGCAGUCUACACGGAGGGUGAGAUAUCGAUUGUCACAGAAUUUGCAGAAUAUGGCUCUUUGAGCAAAAUAUGGAAGAAACAAACACUCAAUUACCAACUCAAAGUGAAGAUAUUGGACGAUAUGGCUGUUGCACUGAGCUACUUACAUCAGAACAUGGUGUUACAUCGGGAUGUCAAAGGCGAGAAUUUGCUUGUCUUUUCACUCAACCCCCACUCGCCAGUCUGCGCCAAAUUAACUGAUUUUGGGACAUGUCGAAACAUCUCAGAGCGAAACUUGGCUGCGAAAACAUGUCGCAGGGUAUC